UAUGCACGCGGCAGUGUGGGCGGGUAUUGUCCUUUUGUUCAGCGUUUCUCCUCACAACCCAGCUGUGAGUUUGUCCAACGCUGAUGAGUAUGAUGAUGAGAAUGAGCUCGAUACAACGGUGGGCGAUGCGUCGUUUUCUGCAGACACUACUUCGUCCAACCAGUUUAAGUUCGGCAGCACAACAAACGAUAAAGCAAGUUCGGUGACGGGCAGUAGUGAGACAAAACUGAGUGACAUCGUUGUCAUUGUUCAAAGUCAGCAGAACUCAUAUCAUCUGCAACGUGCUGAAGAACAAAAUACAUUAUGGCAGGAGCAAUUUGACAGUCUUCAAGACAAACCGCACAAAAUAUUGAGGAUACAUGAAGAUUGGGCUCCAAGGGGUGCUUGGACAAUUUUUCCUCUGAUACCACAAUUGGUAGAGUUGUCUGCAAAGUGGUACUUAUUUUGUGAAGAUGAAACUUUGGUCAAUUUUGGUCGCUUAAUUCAACUUUUUGAUCAGUACAAGCCAAACAAGAAAGUCCUUCUUGGACGUGGAUUACGUGAUGUUGGUACCUCUAUAAUUCAUCACUUUGCAUUCUGGGAAGAUGCUUCCAAGGCUAUCAGCUACCCUCACUUUGUAGCCGGGUGGGCUGUUAGCAGAGCUCUAAUAAAGAAGUUUGCUAAACGACUUGAGAGUCGAUCUACGAAGAUGGAUUUCAGCAUUGAUGUUCAGCAUGAGAUUGCUAUGUUUCUGUACAAUGAUGGGAAAGGGACAAGGAUGACAUCACUGCCAGAAUUCUGUGUUGGAACUAAAGAGGAUGACAGCACACAGUGUGUUACCAAUUAUCCAUCUUCACUAAGAGACUGUGGGAAGGUGCCUCUUGACAAGAUUUUCAUUGCUGUGAAAACAACAAAGUCAUACCACAGUCGUUUGGAUGUUAUCAAGCGGACUUGGAACCGGGAUGAUCUUCUAGUCACUUUCUUCAGCAAUGUGACUGAUUCUUCAAUACCAACAGAGGACACAGGUGUUCCAAAUGUUGAAAGAGGCCAUUGCAGCAAGUCGUAUGCUAUACUUGAAAAGGCUUAUUCAUCAGAGAAAUACACUGGUGUUCAGUGGACACUUCUUGUAGAUGAUGACACUCUGCUGAGUAUUGGUCAUCUUCAACGUUUGCUUGCAUGUUACGAUCCUGAGGAGGUAACAUUUCUUGGUGAAGUGUAUGGUUAUGGUCAGAGUAAUGGAUAUGGCUAUCCAUACAUCACACUGGGUGGUGGAAUGGCUGUAAGUCGUGCUGGUUUGCAGGCAUGGCAACACGUGGCUAAGAAGUGUCCUUGUCCUUCUCUUGAAACUCCUGAUGACAUGUGGAUUGGGAGCUGUUUGAAUCGUGAGGGUAUUCCACUCACACAUCGUUCAGAAUUCCAUCAAGCUCGAGCACAAGAUUACAGUCCUCAGUAUCUAGAACACCAGACAUCUGUAUCAUUCCAUAGGCACAGAGACGUUGACUUGGAUCGUCUUUAUCAGAAUGAAUUGAGCGACAAGUAACGUUUUUGUAAGAAAGAAAUUUGUUUGAGUGACAAUAACUGACACAGCUUUGUCACACAUACACUUAGAGCCAUGACA